UGCCUCCCAGCCCAGGAUGAAGUCCAUCCAGUUUUGCUUCCUCUUCUGCUGCUGGAAAGCAAUGUGCUGCAGUAGCUGUGAGUUGACCAACAUCACCAUCGCAGUGGAGAAAGAGGAGUGCCGCUUCUGCAUAAGCGUCAACACCACUUGGUGUGCAGGCUACUGCUACACCCGGGACUUGGUGUAUAAAGACCCAGCCAGGCCCAACACCCAGAAAACAUGUACCUUCAAGGAGCUGAUAUAUGAGACAGUGAGAGUGCCCGGCUGUACUCACCAUGCAGACUCCCUGUAUACAUAUCCAGUGGCCACCGAAUGUCACUGUGGCAAGUGUGACAGCGACAGCACUGACUGCACCGUGCGAGGCCUGGGGCCCAGCUACUGCUCCUUCAGUGAAAUGAAAGAAUAAGGAACAGUGGACAUUUCAGGAUACCUAACCUGGUCCUGACGAUCAAGACAUCCAAAAAGUCAGUGUGUACACAAUGUGCCCAGG